GUUUGGGAAAAGGACGUGACAUCAGCAGCUCCUCUAAGAGCUUGGUGUCCUGAGGUCUCUCUGGGCUUGGGCCAGCCCCUAACUAGCCAGGGGAGGUGGAUGUAAGCCUGGGACCUAGGUGCUCAGGUUACCGGCAGACUGCUGCUGCUGCUGCUGCUGCUGGCACCGAACCCCAGCCUGCUGCAGAGCCUGUGUGCUCAACAGAUGAGUCACACGCCUGAGCUUUGAGUGGCGGGGAGGAUGGAAUUUGAACUCUCCUGAGCCACUGGAGGGGAACCCUGCCCUGCUCCACAGCCCAGCAGAGCCCAUGGCCAGCCAAGGAGGCAACGGGAGCACCAGCAAGCCCCAGGGCUUUGGAGGCCAGCCCCAGCUCCAGGCCUUUGCAAACCCCCUGAUGAGUGAUUUUGUGUCUGAUUGGUCUCCCAUGCAUGAUGCUGCUGUUAAUGGACGUCUCCUUUCUCUAAGGAUGCUCAUCAGUCAGGGAUAUGGUGUAAACCUCGUUACAGCUGAUCGAGUGUCGCCACUUCAUGAAGCUUGCCUAGCAGGCCACUCGACUUGUGCCGGUGUUCUGUUGAAGCAUGGGGCUCAGGUGGAUGGAAUGACUGUUGAUUGGCACACACCUCUGUACAAUGCCUGUGUUAGUGGAAGCCAGGACUGUGUGAACUUACUGUUAGAACAUGGAGCAAGUCCCCACCCUACAUGUGAACUUGCAUCUCCCAUCCACGAAGCUGCCAAAAGAGGUCAUCUGGAGUGUGUGGAAUCACUUGUAUCCCAUGGAGCAAAUAUAAAUGAAAAUAUCAGACAUCUUGGCACUCCACUUUAUGUGGCAUGUGAAAACCAGCAGAUAGACUGUGCCAAGAGGCUACUUGAAUCAGUGCUUCCCAUAUUCAAGAUACAGAUGGAAUCCCACCUUCUCUGUGGAUACCUCCCUAACUGCUCCAGAGAGGCUUCUUCCCUGAACUCCUAUAGCACUUACGGAGCAAAUGCUAAUCAAGGCAAAGAGCUGGAUUCUCCUCUUCAUGUGGCGGCCAGGAACUCCAGUUCAGAUCUGGUUCAUUUGCUGAUAGACUUUGGAGCAGAACCACACUCAAAGAAUGCUGAAGGCAAACGGCCAGUGGAUUUGGUUCCCCCAAAUAGCACCCUAGCACAAGUAUUCUCCCAGAAAGAAGAGCGUCAUAGGAUUCAGAGUCAGAUGGUAUCUUGCAGACCACCUAAGCCAACUCCUUUAGUUGAUAGAUGAUGACUUCUUGAGCCCUCAUAAAGCAAAAUUUGGAAUACCAUCGCUUCCAAAGAACUGAAGAUGACAAGCAAGAUGAAGACAGUUGAAUGGUAUAUGGUAAGUGUGAAUGCAGCUACAACAUAUAACCAAUGAAGAACUCUGAAGGAAAACAGAAACAAAGGAUUUUAUUAUGACAGAAAGAGAAAAUGGGCUCAUCUGGUGGAGAGAAAGAAGAAUAGAUUGCAAAUGGAAGGUCAAAGUGCUCUUCUGUGGGUACCUUUGUGAUGUUGGGAGAAACUGAAGAAGUACAUGUUGGGUGGAACCAUUGUGGUGAACAUUUAAAAGGACCUGGACUAAAACUGCCUAACAUCAGCAGGAGGUAUGAGUAGUGAUAUGUAUUUUUAAAUUGAUAAGAUCACAGAUCCAUUUUAAGUAUUACUUGAAUAUUGAGUAAAAAUAAUAAACAACUUGUAGAUUCAUUUCUGCUUGUAAGGAAACUCUUUUUAUCAACAGUGGUCUGCAUCUGUCCUGAAAUUUAAGGCCUGUAAAAAUUAAUAAUAAAUGUUAAUAAUACUAAAGAAAUAA